AUGGCCCCACGUACGACCCGCGCGGCCUCCACCACCGCCAGCAGGACGCGCUCCGUCCAGUCCCGAGCCGCGCCGCGACGCCGUCGCCGAGCCGCGACGUCUCACGGCAACGCGUCUCAACCGGCGCAUUACGUGGACUCAGACUCAGGUACCGACCCGACGUCGACUCAGAUGUCGACUCAGAUCGACCGCGAGGCAACUGCUGCGCUUUCCGUGCACGACCUGUUCGCCGGUACUUAUGUCCCGCACACACAUUGCACGGGCUCUGCCCUCCCGAAGCGCCUCCACCAGACGUGGACUGCGCUGCAGCACACGCCGAGUCGACAGCAGCAACGCGAAGACGCCGUCGUGGACGCACAGGCCGCGGCGCACGUGCGUCGCGUCGCGGCUGAGCUCGUGGCGCCGGCGCUCUUGGAGCAUUCCGAGCAGACGGUGCGGUCCCUUGUGGCCUGUUGCGCCGUCGAGCUCUUGCGCGUGACGUCGCCCGACUCGCCGUUUGGCUCGGACGAAGCGCUCUAUCGCGUGUUUCAGCUGCUGAUCGAGCAGCUCCGAGCGCUGCCACAGGCGGCGGCUACGGCCGCGUGUGCCAGGGGCUCGACGCACCAGCUGUACGUGCUCGAGAGUCUGGCGACCGUCAAGUCCUGUGGGUUGGCCGUGGGGCUCCGCUGUCCACGAGCCGCAGACGAGGACAACGUCCUGAUUCAGCUCUUUCGCGCGCUGUUCUCAGCAGCGGUCCGGUGCAGCCACUCUACAAAGAUUGAGCACUGGAUAUUGAGUGUCAUGGUGACGUGCAUUGAAGAGAGCGACGGUGUAGACCAGCCGCUGUUGGAGGCAAUUUUGAGCCAACUGGUGCCGGCUGCGGCUAUGGGGGAACGGGCGGGAGAUGGACCUGACAAUGAGGAGGCGGGUGGGGGACACGAAAGCUCGUGCCGCUUGGCGCGGGAAGUGAUACAACGAACGAGUGAUGUGCUGCAGAACCCGCUGUCGACUUUUUUGAACAACAUGUUGAUUGACACUACGGAUCCAUCAGGUUUGCAGACGGCUUCCAAGUUGAAGGGACACGUGCACACGUUGAUCUAUGAGGUGCACACGAUCAAUCCAGCGCUGCUGCUUUAUGUGCUUCCUAAUGUGUGUCUUCAGCUCCAGGUGGAUGAAGUUGCUACGCGGUCGGGUGCUGUUGCGUUGAUGGGCAAGUUGUUUGCGUCGCCGCAUACGGAUUUCGGUCACCAAUACAUGAAGAACUUUCGCGAGUUUCUGGGCCGUUUCCGCGACGCGAGCAAAGAGAUUCGUAUGCAAAUGAUCCAAGUGUGUGUCACGAUCUGGGAGUGCAAGACUGAUCUAGCGAGUCUGCUGGAAAAAGAGUUUAUAUCGCGACUGAGUGACCCGGAAUGGGAAGUGCGGCAGCUAGUGGUACACGAGUUAUGUGACUUUGCAGCGAACUGCUUGGAGAUGAUCAGUGAAGAGUGCCUUCGAGCCGUGGGAGAGCGCAUGAAGGACAAGAAGGUGAUACUGAGGAAGGAGACAAUGACGGGUCUCAGCCAAGUGUACAGUGCACACAUUUCCUCGUACUGGGAAGCAAACGAGGCAGCGGAAAAGAAACUACUGUCACUCAACCACCGCAACAUUUCUGCAGCCGACGUGAAGAAGCUGGGAUGGAUCCCAGACUACGUAUUGAAGUGCUACGCGUACCCUCAGCAAGAGCUGAAACUCCGCGUCAUCCAGCUUCUGGAUGACUUUCUAUUACCCAAAGCCUUCUCAGAGCAAACUCGCGCAAACGGACUGCUUUUUAUCUUUCAUGCUCUCGAUUCUACGUCAAGAGAAGCACUGCGACGUAUGUUCAGUGAACGGGCCAAGUGUCAGAAAGUUUGCAAGCUGUUUGUCGACUUCAAGGUGCAGCAACGCCACAAAGGGUGUUUCAUUGAGUCGAAAAGUGGUGCACUAGAAGAGGCAAAGCAGCAGUUGUGCAAAGGACUUGCACCUCUUUUUUCGGACGUGAGUGGGCUAGACAAGCUCUUCGAUCAAUUGUCUACGUGGAAAGAUCACAGCGUGUAUAAGCAUUUGGGUGCCUUGUGCGAUUACUCGAAAAGUCAGCAUGAAAUGCGUCAUGCGAGAGACCAGUUGGUUCGAUGUGUUGGAUCCAAAACUGCGCUGGGAGAGUUUUUGAAGAAACUGUGUCGCAAGCUUUCAUUGCUGACAAUGAAUCAAGCUUCCGUCGCUACUUUGCUCGAUUUCUUGAUUGCCAAGGAGGGUCGUCCGUCGAAAGGGAAUCGCAGCGUUGUGGAUCUCGUGGUGAUGGCAUCUGGUGAGCUACCAGAGCUGUUUGCGCCGUUUGUUCACAACAAAGUCACUGCGAUAUUGACUCAAAGCAACGAAGAUCCGAUUGAAAAUCAAUCUGACGAGGAGGAUGCCGUGCCCAGAGAUCCGCGAGUAACUCUUGGCGCUCUGCACGUCUUAGCCCGUUACCCACAUUAUCGGGCAGUUACUUGUGAUGAAGAGAAUGCGCCAUUGGAGAGCAAUGAACGCAACAUUCCGUCUGCAGCAUUGAUGAAACGUCUUCGCAGCUUUUGCCUCGGAGACAGCAAUGUUGAAGCACAAAACUUCAACACCGCGAAGGAAAGUCGUGCUGCAGAAUUGGCAGCUAUUGCCCUUUCCCACCUAAAUGAGGGAACCGAUGAACUUGUGGGGUUGGUCAACAAGCUGUGCUCGAAUGAAAAGCUAGGUCAUCCCGAUCACCCUGGAGUUCUAGCAGCCUUGCAGAGUCUCAAAGUUUUCGCAAAGCGUCGCAGCGAUUUGUUUUCCGAGGAUAGACCACAGUUCUUACGCCUCUGGAAGCACUUGCUCACUGGCUUGAUUGGAAAGAGCAAUCAAGCACCAACACCUGGAACGCCAAGCGCUAAAAAGUGCAGUCAUAAAGGCUCUAGACUGGCUGCUGCGACACUGGCCGAGGUUCGUAGUUUGGCCGUAAAGGUGGCAGUGAACUUGAUUGUGUAUUGCGGACCCGUCAAAGGCUCGUCGACUUGGCUAGAUGAAGGUACUCAAUUGCUUGAGCUUCUUUUUGGAAUACUCCGCUCAGAUGGAACAGAUUAUGCGUCGACGCCCAGUCUGUCAGCUACGUUACGAGCUGUUGCGUCAUGUGGCCUCAUGAAAGCGAUGCGCAUUCGACAGCUAGAGGCGUUGAUCUCGGUAUCUGAGUGGCAUUUGCUGGGCUACACGAUACAAGACUCGAACGACGACGUUCGCCGCAAGUUUUUGAAAAAGUUGACGUCUCACUUGGUUAAGCACUCCGUCCAGCAUCAACACAAGUACCUUAGCUACUUGGCGCUUGCUGCUACUGAUUCCAAUGCUGGUUUGAAGAAAACUGCACGAAAUUUGCUCAAGGUUGGUGUAGAACGUAUGCGACGUGCGUUUGAUGCUGUACCUGUGCGCGAAUCGGAAGAGUGUAGCAGUCCUGGGCAAACGGGAAAUGGUUUACAUUCUAUGAGUGCACUGAUGGUGCCGGAGUACGCGUUGCCGUACGUUAUUCAUCUUCUAGCCCACCAUCCCGCGUACCCGGUGAAAUUGGUGGAGACAACACCUUCAUCCAUGGUUAUGCAAAAUGCUCAGUGGUCUGGCCAGCUAGCAUACCUGGGUUUUUUUCUAGACGGUUUGGUCUCGACAAAUGCUGCAGCAGCAGACAACAUUGCCUUCUUGCUCCAGAUUUUGACCAAGCUCUCGCAGUGCCACGACGUAUCAAAUCCCGACGGCAUCAAUAUGUACCCCUUACUGGAUAGCGCCGUUGCUCUGCUCAAGAAAAAAAUCAAGAAACAGUCAAACCUGAAGCCAUUUCCAGGAAGAAUUUAUUUGCCAAAGCAUUUGUUCAGCCCUGGGAGACCCAGCACGCUUGCGACUCCCGGCGGGAGGAAGGAGCCCGAGGCGCCUGAAUCGCUGGAGACGUCUACAGUGCCUAGGAUGUCAAGACUCAGCACCUCGUUGUCGCCGAUCAAGCCGACGGACCUUGCUGCGCAUUUCAUGAAGCUGAACUCUCCGUAUGAAAGCUCGCUGCUGCAAAGCAAUGUAAAGAAGCGUAAGCGUCAGCUUCUUGAGGCCGACGGAAGCUACUCGGAUGCUGAUGAGGCGAAGAAUGACGUCGAAGACAGUGCGGCACCGCCUCGGCGCCAGUCGUCGCUUGGAAGAAAUCGACCGAGGAAACGCACGUAUGCAGACGACUCCAGUGACAGUGGAGCCGAGUUGGACUCGUAUUCCCACAUUCCGCGUCAUCGCGCGUAA